AUGGCAACGCACCGCUUUGACCCCAACUUCACCGACAAGGUUAUCAACGCGAUGGGCCCCAAGAUCCCGCCGCGUCUGCGUCAGCUGAUGACAGGGCUCGUUAGGCAUGUGCACGACUUUGCGCGCGAGAACGAGCUGACGGUGGACGAGUGGAUGGCGGGCGUGGAGCUGCUGAACUGGGCCGGGCAGAUGAGCGACGACAAACGGAAUGAGGGACAACUGCUGUGGAAUAAAGUCUCGUCGACGAAAUCACAUUUCACCCUCGCCGGCGAAGCCCACGACGCACCGACUGCCACCGCAAUCCGGGGCCCGUUCUUCCGCGCUGACACGCCAUGGCGCCAGAACGGGGAGGAUAUUGUUAAGACAAAGCCGGCCGAUGGUGAGAUGGCAUUCAUGCAUGGGCAAGUACUCGAUUUCAUGAGCAAGAAGCCGCUCGUUGGGGCAACGGUUGAAGAGGAGUUUAUUCUGCGCGGUAAGUUCAAGACGGGUGAGGAGGGUGGAUAUUCGUUUUAUUGCUUGAGGCCGACGCCAUAUCCUGUUCCUCAUGAUGGACCUGGGGGAAAGCUCAUCGAGCUGAUGGAUCUGCAUCCCUUCCGGCCAGCUCAUAUUCACAUCAUUGCCACGCACAAUGGCUACCGUUCUCUCACUACGCAAAUCUUCGACCGUAAGGACAAGAACGUGGAGAGCGACUGCAUCUUCGCGGUCAAGAAUUCUCUCGUUGUGGAUUUUGUGCCCCGCGCGGGUGAUCCUCAGGCUGGUCUUGAGCUGAACUACGAUAUCAAGCUUGUGUGCGAUGCUGCCGUUGGUGCAUAG